CUGUUUUUGAUCAAGUUGAUCAAUUGUCUUCCAAACGAUUAAACACAAUAAAGAUGGACACAUGAAAACAAACCACUAAAAGCAACCCCGAUGUGAAAAGGCAAACCAAAAAAGCACUCUGAACCAAUUUAUAUUUUAAUUAUUGAAGUAAAAUUAACUUUAUCAUGAUCACAAUUAUUACCAUUACUAAUGUUAUUGGAAAUUCACAAUUUAUUAAUAAGCUAAUCUCAUUGAUUGGUUUAUUUCAAUUAACAUAAAUACAUUUUGAUUUUGAAUGUAAAACAUUUUUAUUUUACGUUCUUGUCUUUUAACCCUUACCUUGUUCAAUCUAACAAUAGUUGAUUAACCUUCACUCUUUAACUUACUUUUGACCUCAAUCAAUUUAAUAAUAAUAAUGGUAAUAAUGAUAAUUACAAUUUAGGUUAGUUAAUUUAUAUAUUUGAAGGUAAAAGUUGUAACAUUAAUCAGUUAAAAUAAUGUAUUAAUACUAAAUAUAAUUAACAGUAUAAAAGGAAAGUGAAUCCGUUAAAGUAAGAUUGUAAAAAUUUAAAAAAAAAGACGUUUGAUUUAGAUACAGAUAUCAAGUCAUGAAUCCAUCAAGAUCAUUAAAUAGAUACUUUGAAUAUGAAGCGCCAAUCAAAAGAUUCAAAUUACCAGAUUUUACCAGAUUUUAUAAGACUGAUUGUAAUUGUAUUUCAUCAAUAAUAGUUACCAAUUUUUGCUGCUGUUAACCGUUAUCAUCAAUAUUAUUAAUUAGUUACAAUCCAAAUAAUAACGUGACUGUAAAUUUUUACCGGUUAUAAAUAUCCCAACACAGGACAUAGGAAAACAACAACAACAGCAACUACAAAUGAUUGUGAUGAUGGGUCAAUAGUAAUGAUGAUUAUACUAAUAGUAAUGAUUUUAAAGAGGUGAAACUGUUUAUCUAUUUGAAAUUGAAACCGUAUCAAGUCUGUAAAAUACUUUUGUCUUCCAUUGAGAAGUAAAAAAAAGUUAUUCUUGGUCGUCCAACCAUUCCAAUGUUAUCCUUUUUCACAUUAUCACAGUCAAGUCGUCUUCAACAUUGACAAUAACAAUAGCAAUCAUUGGAGCUGCCAAACCGUUAUAAUCAACCAUCCUCAAUGGUUAACCUUAAAUCCUGGAUUAAAUUUGUUCAUGUUUCUACAGAUUAUUGCAAGUUGUUUGGUUAAUCAAUGAAUCCAACGAUAUUUUACCGCUGUUCAUUAAAUCAAUACUUUUACUUGUGUUUUUAGUCAAAGAAGCAACUUACACUGGAAAUAAUUUGAUUUGAACUUUUCUUUGUUUCAACCGAUUUACGUCGGAUUUUUAGUUUUUGUUUUUUACUUUUUGUUUUUUUAUGGUCAAUACUCAAUAUCAUGUUUGAUCAUCAUCAUAUAGUUGCCAUUUUACCGGCUUUAAUACCCUCAACGGUUAUGUUUUGGCUUCACAUGUGGCAAAGAUCAAUGCCAUUCACUACGGAGGUUUUUCAAAAGGAGUAUGAUUAUAUUAUUGUUGGUGCUGGUUCAGCUGGAGCAGUUGUGGCCAGUCGACUUUCAGAAGAUCCAAAGGUUCGUGUUUUACUGUUAGAAGCCGGUGGCUAUGAGACAUUUCAAAGUGAGAUUCCAAUGUUGGCUGCUCGUUUACAAUUAAGUGAAUGGGAUUGGCAAUAUAAAACGGUUCCUCAAAAAUAUGCUUGUCAAGGCAUGAAAAAUCACGUCUCAAACUGGCCUCGAGGUAAAGUACUUGGAGGUUGUUCAACUCUCAAUUAUAUGCUUUACAUUCGAGGUAAUGCUCGUGACUAUGAUCUUUGGGAAAGUCUCGGUAAUCCAGGAUGGGGUUGGUCCGAUGUUUUUUAUUAUUUUGUCAAAUCAGAGGACAAUCGGGAUCCUGAUAUAAUUAAAAAUGGUUAUCAUGGAACCGGUGGCAGGUUAACAGUGUCAACACCUCAUUAUACUACACCUAUUGCUGGUGCUUUUCUUGAAGCUGGUAAAAACUUUGGUUAUCCCAAUCUUGACCUUAACGGACCUCAACAAACUGGGUUUGCUGUUCCUCAAGGAACCAUUCGACGAGGUGCUCGAUGCUCAACAGCCAAAGCUUACCUUCGUGAUACAGCAGGUCGACCUAACCUAGACACAGUAGUUUAUGCUCAAGUUACUCGAGUUUUAUUUAAUGCUGAUAAACAUGCCAUUGGAGUGACCUUUGACAAAGGUGGAUCUCGGCAUGCAGUUUAUGCUAGACGUGAAGUGAUUCUCUCAGCUGGUGCCAUUGGAUCUCCUCAUCUCCUUAUGCUCUCAGGUAUUGGUCCAAGAGAUCAUCUUGAAUCACUUGGAAUCCCCGUUGUUCAUGAUUCUCCUGGUGUUGGUCAAAACUUACAAGAUCACAUUGGAGCCGGUGGAUUGAGUUUUCUAACUGAUGCUCCAGUCACCGUGGUUCAACCUCGAGUUUUCGUUGCCAAAUCUUUCACCCAAUGGUCAACCCUAGGUAUCGGUCCAUUAACUAUGCUUGGUGGUCUUGAUGGUCUCGGAUUCAUCAACACAAAAUAUGCCAACAAAUCAGAUGACUGGCCAGAUGUUGAGAUUCAUUUCAUCCCUUCAUGUCCUUCAUCUGACGGUGGUGAAUCAGUUCGUAAAAACAUGAACCUUAAAGAUGAGCUUUUCUUACAAGUUUAUGGACCCAAUCUAUAUAAAGAUGCUUACUCUUACUAUCCAGUUCUCCUCCGACCACGAUCAGUCGGUUACAUGAAAUUGCGUUCUGCAAAUCCCUACGACCAUCCAAUUAUUGACCCAAAGUACUUGUCUGAUCCUUACGAUGUUGCAGUUCUCGUUGAUUCCCUCAAAAUAUCAACAGCAAUGGCCUUAUCACCAGCCUUUGAUAAAUUCAAACCCAGAGUUUGGCCACAAGCAUGGUACGGCUGUGAGAAACAUAAACCUUAUUCAGACCCAUUUUUUGAAUGUAUAACCAGAUCAUUUACCGCAACAAUCUAUCAUCCAGUUGGUACAGCCAAAAUGGGUCCAGCCGAUGAUCCUCUGGCUGUAGUUGAUCCUGAAUUGAGAGUUCACGGAGUAAAGAGAUUAAGAGUCAUCGAUGGAUCAAUAAUGCCUAAAAUUGUUUCUGGUAAUACAAAUGCUCCUAUUAUAAUGAUUGGAGAGAAAGGAGCUGAUCUGAUUAAGGGUAUAAGAGGACCGCCACCAGUUAAACCUGGAAAAGUGCCGAUUCCUAAAUAUCUUCAAGACAAUGGCCAUGGAUCUGUUAAUACAGCGGCUGGACCAUUAUCUCAAAUAGGAAAGUUGUUCAAUAAAUUUGGUGUGAGAAGUCUAACGAGAAGAAUUGGCUUAACAAAUUGGAUUAAUGGAUAAUUUACGUUAAUUUGUUUCUUUUAAUUUCCAUCUUCACUACUGAUUCAAUUGUAAACCUUAAUUUGGUUCAAUUUGGACCAGUUAAAGUUGAAUUGUUUCAAGCCCAAUAUUUUGUGUCCAAAUUUAAAUUUAAAAAUCAAAAGACUCAAUUUGUAAGUAUUUUAAAAUUAUUACUUAUUAAUUAUUAUUGAUGCUCAAAGUUUUAACUUGUUUCACGGUGAUCAAUCUAAUGGCCAACAGUUGAUCAUCUAUUCAAAUUAAUUUAAUGUACAAACUUACCUUUCUAUCCUUUUUUACCAAAAAAAUUAAAGACUUGUUUUUA